AUGUUUGGAAUUGAAACCAUUCUGUACACCUUUACUAUGCUGGGAAACAGCAUAUGCAUACUCAACGAGGACAGAUUUCUGAGCAAUCUAGGAAUCUCUAGGAAGAGCGACCAUGCAACUAUUAGACAGCUCUCUGAGCUCAUAAGAACGGUUAAGACGCUCAGCUUCAUUCCUCUUAUCGUCAUAAAUAUUUUGUUCAUCAUAUACUGGCUUCUAUUAGGAUGA